UCGCCCUACGCCUUUGGUCGCGGCAGCCGUGCCUCGGGGGCGGGGAAGCUGGCGGAAGAGCGGCGGGGGUCUCGGCGCCCUGCGCAAUCGUGGGGAGCAGGACCUGAGGGUUACCGGAGGAACAUGGCGCCCUGGACACUCUGGCGCUGCUGCCAACGCGUGGUGGGCUGGGUUCCGGUGCUCUUCAUCACCUUUGUGGUCGUCUGGUCCUACUACGCGUACGUGGUGGAGCUGUGCGUGUUUACUGUUUCUGGAAAAGGAGAAAACGUUACUGUUUCUGGAAAAGGAGAAAACGGAAAGACCGUUGUUUACCUUGUGGCUUUCCAUCUGUUCUUUGUUAUGUUUGUAUGGUCCUAUUGGAUGACAAUAUUCACAUCUCCCGCUAGCCCCUCCAAAGAGUUCUACUUGUCAAACUCUGAAAAAGAACGUUAUGAGAAGGAGUUCAGCCAAGAAAGACAGCAAGACAUUUUGAGAAGAGCGGCCAGAGACUUGCCAGUCUACACCACAUCAGCUUCAAAAGCUGUCCGAUACUGUGAAAAAUGUCAGUUGAUUAAACCUGACCGGGCUCAUCACUGCUCUGCGUGUGACAGAUGUGUUCUUAAGAUGGAUCAUCACUGUCCAUGGGUGAAUAACUGUGUGGGAUUUACUAAUUACAAAUUCUUCAUGCUGUUUUUGUUGUAUUCCCUACUGUAUUGCCUUUUUGUGGCUGCAACAGUUUUAGAGUAUUUUAUAAAAUUUUGGACGCUUUGCCGCAGGAAAUCUACAGAGAAUUGCCCGAAGAAUGAACUGAGAGAGUCACGUGCAAAAUUCCACGUACUUUUCCUUUUCUUUGUGUCUGCAAUGUUCUUCGUCAGUGUGCUCUCACUAUUUAGCUACCACUGCUGGCUAGUUGGAAAAAACAGAACAACAAUAGAGUCUUUCCGUGCACCUAUGUUUUCUUAUGGAAUAGAUGGAAAUGGUUUUUCUCUUGGAUGUAGUAAAAAUUGGAGGCAAGUCUUUGGUGAUGAAAAGAAAUACUGGCUAGUUCCGGUAUUUUCAAGCUUGGGUGAUGGCUGCAGUUUUCCAACUCGCCUUGUGGGGAUGGACCCAGAACAAGCCUCUGUUGCAAACCAGAACGACUAUGCCAGAAGUAGUGGCUCAAAUCAACCUUUUCCUAUCAAACCACUUAGUGAAUCAAAAAACCGUUUGUUGGACAGUGAAUCUCAGUGGCUAGAGAAUGGAGCUGAAGAAGGCGUCACCAGAUCAGGGACAAAUAACCAUGUUACAGUCGCAAUAGAAAAUUGAGUACCACUUGUUCAUAACUAACCAUUUGAUGAGUGCAAGGUAUAUAAAACACAUUUUGGACUAUUUUCAGUUUUAUUUGCAAGAAAAAUGAUCAGUGGAAUGAAAUAAUUGAAGUAUAACAGAAGAUAUAUUUUUAAAAGGGAGCGUUUGUACAGUUUGCUGGACCCACAGGAGCACUACGGAGCAGAAAGAUGCCUUAAUUUUUAGUGUCCAUUUGUGCAGCAUUGCCUCACAGCUUAAAAGUGACUUAAUUUUCCUUUGGAAAUAACACCUGUCUUGAGAUGCUAUCCUCACAUGUUAACAUGGCAUUUGUAUUUCUAACAACUGAGUUAAAACAAUAGAGUUAUUUCUUAGUAUCCACAUAGAUUUUCACCCCAAAAAAACAAACUAAAAAGUCUUGGGUGAAGUAGAUCUAGGGCAAAGGGUAACUAAAAAUGAUAUCCACAUCACUGAUUCUUGCGCUGUAUAAGGGAAAGAAAAUACUGCUUUUUUAUUAGAUAUUUACUAAUUUAUAAUUGCUGUUUUAUACUUUUCAACAUUUUAAUAAAGAUUUUUUUAAUACUGGCUAUGAAAUAACACUCAGAAGGAUUCAGAUACCUAAAUAUAAUCAUUUAGAACAUUGAAGAUGUUGAUACAAAUCAGCGAGGGUUUAGUUAAAAGCAUUAUAAUACAAGUGGCACACACCUGUAAUCCCAGCACUCAGGAGGCUGAGGCAGGACUGCUGUGAGCUGUCUUGCCUAGGUUACAUAGAGACUGUAUCCAAAGAGCAGAGCAGAAGAAGCACUAAUAGGGUGUAGCGUGUGCCAAGGCUCAGAGGAAACGUGGUAGUAAAGGAAGUAUUCCGGGUACGCUCUGCUCCGAUUCCUAUUUGUUGAAUUUUCAGGGGCGCUUAUAUGGGCGUGGAAGCACGGAAUUCACGUGCUAUACAAGGAUCCAACAGUGUGAUGACGAGGUGGAAGUGGCUGAUGAAAAGAAGGAAGGCAGAAGGAAUAUUUUAAACAGUGAAAAAGUGUGUAAGCUACAAAUGCUAAUGAACAGACUUUGAGUUUAGUGAUGUCUAAAAGUUACUGUGGUACUUUACAGUAAUCUUAACAGCUCAGUGACUGAAAUGCACUUUAGAUGAAGGUGAAAUAAACAAAAUAAAUUCCCAGACUUGGGCUGGACAAAUGUUUCAGUAGAUAAAGGCACUUGCUCGCAAACCUACAACCUGAGAUGAGCCACAUGCUGGAAGGGGAGAACCAAUUCCCACAUGUCUUCUGACAUUCCCAUGUGCACUGUGGUGCACAUAGACACUACUUUUUAAAUUCACAGACUCUUGGCAAAUGUGAAAUCUUUAGUCUGACUCCCUAACAGUCACCUGAUGGCUUCAGCAGGAAUGGUUGUAUCAGGAGGCUAGCCCAGUGUUCUAUAAAAGACAAUGUGGAGAUGCUGUUCUCAGUUUAUACUGAGACCAGCAGAGAGAAGUCUCACUCAGAUGUGUAGGUAUCGGGCUAUAUGGGAUUGCAAAGGAGAGCGCAUCCUGGGUGAAUUGGACUACAGGACUCCCAGUAUUCCCUAGUGUUGAAGUGCACAAAGCAACCUUGCUUUUCAUUUAUCCAUCAAGUGUCUCUGGAGUCCUCUGUAUCAGACAUUAUACUAUAGAUAGAGCUGUGAUUUCCCAAUCCUGCAUAGAUCAAGAUACCUGCUAUUCCAACUUUGCAAUUUGAGGAACUGAUUGAAUUCUCAUUGACUGCACUAAUUCUGAUUCUUAAGUAACUUCCCCUUUGGACCAAAGGAGUAAGUUAGCUUAGGAACUGUGGUUUAAAAGGAUAUGUGGUAUGAAUUCUUUAUUUCUUAUUGUUGACAAUUUUGAUUCUCAAAAAAAUGAAUUAAGAAUUACAAAUUACUGCUAGGCAUGCUGGCACGUGCUGGUAGUCUCAACACUUGGGAACCUGAGGCAAGAAAGUCAGGUUUAUUCUCAGCUUUGUAGUGAGGUCAGAAGUAGCCUUUGCUACGUGAGACCCUCUAUCAAAAAAACCAGGAGAGAGAAAAAGAUCAAUUACCAACCAAAAAUACAACCUCAAUUUGAUAGUUUGCAUGCUGCUUUUAGAAGUAUCCCGGUCCUCUGUGUCUGUAUUUAGAUCAAGGGAUUUGCAUGCACCUGGCACAGUUUGCCCCUUAACAUACUAUUAUGUAGAAGCAUCAUCUUUCUGAUGUUGUUAUCAUUUGUUUAUUAGCAUAGUAAACUUUUUAGGUUUUGGCUUUGGUAGCCCUUAUAGCCAACAUUUUGCCCUGCUCUAAAAUAUUUACCUGGUUCUUGUUGGGUUUUGUUUUGUUUUAGUGCUAGGGAAUCAAGCCCAGGACUUUGUGCAUAGUAGGAAAGUCCUUACCACUGGUCCAGGCUGAAUAUGUCCAUGCCUAUCAGUGGCCAUUCAUUAGGGGUCAGCAAGUGGUAUGGGAACCAAGGAAGGCUGGCUCUUCAGUAUUUCAACUGGCAUUGAGUCUACUGUCUGCUGGGGAGACCAGGUUAAAAUUAAGCUUUGCCAAAAUUUCAAAACACUUGAACAUUUGUAAAGAAAAAUAAAUAAAUAAAGUUGAAUUUCAGGUCUUGCCCUUGCCAUUAAAAACAUUAGACAGGAGACUUGGUUUACUGGGUACAGAGGUACCUGACAUUCAGUACCUGCGGCACCUGGCCACUGUCACUGUGCCAACCAAAGCAGCUGCAGUAUACCAGCUAUUGAAAUGAACAUGUUUACAAAGUUGAGUUUUCUCCUCACAUAAGAAUGAUUUUUAAAAAACUUUUUACAUAGUGGUUAUGAUUCAAUAUGUUAUGAGCAUAACAGGUCAGCUUACAUAAACAUGGUGUUUUACUUGAAUUUUAAUUCUUACAGAAAACAGAUUUUGACUGUUUACAGGAAUGCUUGAGAUGAGUCAUGAGAUCUCCCAUUCUCUCUGAAUCAAACCUAUAUGAAAGGGGUAGGAUUAGAGCCUGUGUAUUUGGGGCAUUGAAGAGGCAGUAACUCAGAAAUAUGCUUAGCUUACAUCUCAUUCUACAACCAGUACUUCUGUCGGUGGAUAAGUAUUUUUAACUAAUCUGAUAUUAAAUCAUAUUUUUGCAUUUCAGUCAAAUUAACAAGAACAUGUAAAAGUACAGAUAAGAUAUAAAUCUGUAAUUCAUAUUUCAUAUGAUCUAAGCUGUAUUUUUAAAUUUAAAAUACAAUAGAGAUUCAGAAAGGCCCAUAUUUUUCUAAUGACUUCACUCUUAUUUUCUUGGGUUACGUAAAGCAAGGAAUUGUAUUUGUAUUAAGGGGCUAGGAAAGCUGUUAGUUUAUUAUAUUUGUACAUGAUUACAGACAAACCUAUGCCUGUUUAAAAGAAAAGAUGGAUACUAUUUAAGGUGAUAUUUAAUAUGCUUUUCUAUAAACAAGUUUGAAUUAUAAUUUACCUUAGUUGUCUUUACCUAUUGAGAAGCUUAGCCUUGUAUUUAUUUCUCAUUUGUGUGAACCUGGACCAUGAUUCUUUGCUCUGUACUUUGGAUGGCUUAACCUACAUUAAUAUGUGCACAUUUUACAACUUUUUUUCAGAAAUCAUAAUUACUUUAUUAAUAAACGGAUAAAGAUA